AUGCAUACGCUCGGGAGGACAAGGCACUGGAGCUUGAACAUCGAGAUGAGAAUGGCGGUGGCAACGAACCCGAAAGAGACGGCGUUGACGGAGUUGUCGAAGUGCGUCCAAUGGUCUUCCCUCGGGAUGUACGGCGGAGCGCCGCCGGGUGCCGGAGGCGAGCUCCCCCACCCGUCUCCUCCUCCGCCUCCUCCCCCACCGCCCAUUACAGAUUGCUCUGCACGCACGAUUGGACCAGCUGGAGCAGAAAUUGGACCACGGAAGGAAGGGAAAAUGAAAAAAUGGGCUGUCAAUUCGGGCAUUGUUAAUUUGUCAUCUCAUGAAAGGUAG